AUGCUGCUGUUCCUUAUCAUUCUGUUGCCGGUAGUUUUUAAAUUUAGUUUUGUUAGCCUCUCAGCACUGCAGCGCUGGAGCUGUCCUGAAGGCUCUCCCUCGGGAAAUGGGAAUUCUACUUGUGUGGGUCCUGCACCCUUCUUAAUUUUCUCGCAUGGAAACAGGAUCUUUAGGAUCGACUUAGAAGGAACUAAUCACGAGCAAUUGGUGGCAGAUGCUGGCAUAUCCAUGAUCAUGGAUUUUCAUUACAAUGAAGAAAGGAUCUAUUGGGUCGAUCUGGAAAGACAACUUUUGCAAAGAGUUUUUCUGAAUGGGACAAGCCAAGAGAAAAUACGCGAGAUAGAGAAAAAUGUUUCAGGAAUGGCAAUAAAUUGGAUCAAUGAAGAACUUAUUUGGUCAAAUCAACAGGAAGGAAUCAUUACAGUAACAGAUAUGAAAGGAAACAAUUCCCGUGUUCUCUUAAGUGCCUUAAAAUAUCCUGCAAAUAUAGCAGUUGAUCCAGUAGAAAGGUUUAUGUUUUGGUCUUCAGAGGUGGCGGGCAGCCUUCACAGAGCAGAUCUCAGUGGUGUGGAAGUGAAGUUUCUGUUAGAGACAUCAGAGAAAAUAACAGCUGUGUCAUUGGAUGUGCUUGAUAAACGGCUCUUUUGGAUUCAGUACCAUAGAGAAAGAAGCAAUUCUCGUAUUUGUUCCUGUGAUUACGAUGGAGGUUCCGUCCAUUUUAGCCAACAUCACACACAGCACAACAUUUUUGCGAUGUCCGUUUUUGGUGAUCGUAUUUUCUAUUCAACAUGGAAAAAGAAGACAAUUUGGAUAGCUAACAAGCACACUGGGAAGAAUAUGGUUAAAAUUAACCUCAGUCCGUCAUUUGUACCACCUGGUGGAAUUAAAGUAGUGCAUCCACUCGUACAGCCCAAGGCAGAGGGUGAUCCUUGGGCACCUGAUCAGAAACUCUGCAAACUGAGGAAAGGUAACUGCAGAAACAGCAUGUGUGGGCAAGAGCCUAAGUCCCAUGUGUGCACGUGUGCAGAGGGAUAUGCUUUAAGCCAAGAUGGAGAGAACUGUGAAGAUGUCAACGAGUGUGCCUUUUGGAAUCAUGGCUGUACUCUUGGGUGUGAAAACAUCCCUGGAUCCUAUUAUUGCACAUGCCCUGUAGGAUUUGUUCUGCUUCCUGAUGGGAAACGGUGUCACCAAUUAAUUUCCUGCCCAAGCAAUGUGUCUGAAUGCAGUCAUGAUUGUGUUCUGACAUCAGACGGUCCCAUAUGUUUCUGUCCUGAAGGCUCAGUGCUUGAGACAGAUGGGAAAACCUGUAGUGGUUGUUCAUCUCCCGAUAAUGGUGGAUGUAGCCAGCUCUGCAUCCCUCUUAGCCCAGUAUCCUGGGAAUGUGGCUGCAUUCCGGGCUAUGACCUACAACUGGACAAAAAGAGCUGUACAGCCUCAGGACCACCACCGUUUUUGCUGUUUGCCAAUUCUCAAGAUAUUCGACACAUGCAUUUUGAUGGAACAGAUUAUGGAACCCUGCUCAGCCAGCAAAUAGGAAUGGUUUUUGCCCUAGAUCAUGACCCUGUGGAAAAUAAGAUAUACUUUGCCCAUACAGCCCUAAAGUGGAUAGAGAGAGCAAAUAUGGAUGGUUCCCAGCGAGAAAGGCUUAUUGAGGAAGAAGUAGGUGUGCCAGAAGGUCUUGCUGUAGACUGGGUUGGCCGUAAAUUCUAUUGGACAGACAGACGGAAAUCUCUCAUUGAAGGGAGUGAUCUAAAUGGGAGGUAUCGUGAAAUAAUCAUUAAGGAGGACAUCUCUCAGCCACGAGGACUUGCUGUUCAUCCAAUGGCCAAGAGAUUAUUCUGGACUGAGAUGGGGAUUAAUCCACGAAUUGAAAGUUCUUCCCUUCAAGGCAUUGGCCGACUGGUUAUAGCUAGCUCGGAUCUGGUCUGGCCCAGUGGAAUAACAAUUGAUUACUUAACUGACAAGUUGUAUUGGUGCGAUGCCAAGCAGUCUGUGAUUGAAAUGUCCAAUCUGGAUGGUUCAAAACGCCAAAGACUUGCCCAGAACGAUGUAGGUCACCCAUUUGCUGUGGCUGUGUUUGAGGAUCAUGUGUGGUUCUCUGAUUGGGCUAUGCCAUCGGUAAUAAGGGUGAACAAGAGGACUGGCAAAAAUAGGGUACGUCUCCGAGGCAGCAUGCUGAAGCCCUCAUCACUGGUUGUAGUUCAUCCAUUGGCAAAACCAGGAGCAGAUGCCUGCUUACAUCAAAACGGAGGCUGUGAACAUAUUUGCGAAGAGAGGUUUGGAACUGCUCAGUGUUUGUGUCGUGAAGGUUUUGUGAAAGCUCCAGAUGGAAAAACGUGUCUGGCUCUGAAUGGCCAUCAGAUAUUGGCAGGGAAUAUGAUAGAUCUGAGUAAUGGAGUAAUACCGUUGGACAUCUUACCCAGCAGUAGAGAGCUUGAAGAUAAUAUUACAGAAUCUCAACAUAUGCUAGUGGCUGAAAUCAUGGUGUCAGAUGAUGAUGACUGUAGUGCCUUGGGAUGCAGUACACAGGCUUGGUGUGUUUCAGAGGGAGAGAAUGUCACAUGUCGGUGUUUGAAAGGAUUUGCCGGAGAUGGAAAACUGUGUUCUGAUAUAGAUGAAUGUCAGAUGGGUAUCUCAGUUUGCCCUCCCACCUCCUCCAAGUGCGUCAAUACUGAAGGUGGCCAUGUCUGCCGGUGCUCAGAAGGCUACCAGGGAGAUGGGAUCCACUGCCUUGAUGUUGAUGAGUGCCAACUGGGUGUGCACACCUGUGGGGAAAAUGCCGCCUGUACAAAUACGGAGGGAAACUACACCUGCACAUGUGCUGGCAACUUGUCUGAACCUGGACGGAUUUGCCCUGACUCGACUCCGCCCUCUCAUCGCAGGGAGGAUGGCCGCUCUCCUGUGAGAAAUAUUUACCCCGAAUGUCCCCCGUCCCACGAUGGGUACUGCCUCCACGGCGGUGUGUGCAUGUAUGUUGAAGCGAUCGACAGCUAUGCCUGCAACUGUGUCGUUGGCUACGUCGGGGAGCGAUGUCAGCACCGAGACUUGAAGUGGUGGGAACUGCGGCAUGCCGGCCACGGGCGGCAGCGGAGCAUCACCGCGGUGGCUGCCUGCGCGGUGGUGCUGCUUCUGCUACUGCUCCUGGGACUGUGCGGGGCUCAGAAAUACAGGACUCAGAAGCUGCUAUCGAAAAAUCCAAAGAAUCCUUAUGAAGAGUCGAGCAGAGAUGUAAGCGGUAUCAGGCCUGCAGAUGACGAGGCUGGGAUGUCCUCUUGCCUCCAACCUUGGUUUGUGGUUAUAAAGGAACAUCAAAACUUCAGCAAUGGGAGUCAACCUGUAGCGCUCAAGGACGGCCUGGUGGCAGAUGGGUCAUUGCAACCAACAUCAAGGAGAAAGGAGCCCCAGAUGUAUAUGGGCACAGAACAAGGAUGCUGUGUUUCAUCAUCCAGUGAUAAAGGCUCUAGUCACCAGAGAAUGAAGUGUAGCUUUCAUCUCCCCUCCUAUGGGGCAUGGCCCAUUGCUGGGGGAGUUGAGAAGUCCCAUUCUCUCCCAUCAGCUUACCCAUUAUGGCAACAAAGAGCUCCGGAUCCACCACACCAAAUGGAGCUGACUCAGUGA